AUGCGACUGCCUCCUAUCACGGUUCUCACUAGCCGUUCGACGCAAUACCAUAUUAAAUCAGAGGCGAAAGGACACCUUGGAAUGAUCAUUGGCAUCAUACUUGCUAGUAUGGUCACGAUUACUUUAAUCAUUCGUUUAUAUACUCGCAAGUGGUUAACUCGAGGAUUCGGGCUUGAUGAUGUCUUCAUCAUACUGGCAUAUUUCCCCUCUACCGCAUUUACUUUAAUGGGCAUUAUCACUGAGGAGAAGAUUCAAGGGAACCAACGCAAUAGGAACGGUGAACCAGAUAUCUCUACCGGCGGCCUACAAAUAAUUUUCGCCAACCAAAUCCUGUUCGACUUAGCAACCAGCUUAACCAAAUUAUCGAUACUCAUCCUGCUCUAUCGGCUCACAACUGCGGCGAGGGAUCGUAAUGUGACUAUUACCGUGUUAAUAUUAAUGGGAAUUAUUGGCAUCAAUUGCUUCGUCUUCAUCCUUGUCAGCUUUCUCCAAUGCAUACCUCUAUCAGCCUAUUGGGAUCAUUCGAUCCGACCACAACAUUGUAUCGAUUGGGCUGCUCACAUGCUCGCAGCUAGUAUCAUCAAUACCAUCACCGACUGGGUCGUCGUACUCCUACCUAUCUGGGUGGCCCUUGGGUUAAACUUGCCCAUUAGGCAAGCCGGUAUAGUUAUCUUCCUAUUCGGGCUCGGUAUUCUCGCAAGUUCCGCGGGAGUUGUGAGGAGCUACUAUGCGUGGAGUUUGAUUUUUUAUUCCGAUGAUAUCAAUAAUCGCAGAGAUGUCUGGCUUACUAGUGUUGUUGAACUGAAUCUCGGUAUAAUAUGUGCUUCUAUUCCGGCUAUGAAGCCUUUUUUCGCAACCUAUCUCCCGAGGAUUUUCAAGUCUUUACGACAAGGUAGUUCUACGACGGUCAGGGAUGGAAUACCACUGACAAAUUCACCGUCUUUUACGACCUUUAUUGAUCAGUCACCGUCGUCAUCGUCUUUUCUUCUACGGCACUCAGCGACGUUACCUGCCAGUCAUCCGCGUCUCAACCUCAAUAAACCAUUACCGCCUAUUAUACCUCCCCAGUAUGUCGAUCUCGAUAUGCAAUCGGAACCUGAAGUGGAGUUAGGUACAUCUUACCGCUCACCACAGAUACCCCCUCGAAGCUAUUACGGGGCCGAUAUAUCACCGGGAAACUUACAACCGAGAGAUUGGAUCUUCAUCAUGUAUCAAGAGGGUAAUGACCUAAGGCUUAUCCAGCAGAUACCUAACCGCGCCGAACUGGCUUAA